AUGUCGCUGACUCGAUUAAGUAUAUGGCUCGGAGUUUUUUCAAGCAUACCAUUAACAUUAUUAAAACAUAUACAUAAUUUAAUACCAACAAAAACAAAAAUUAUACAAGCAUUAGCCGAUGCUGGUUAUGUUAAAGAUUGGCCACCAGAUUCUGAAGGUGGCUCUUUAUUUGAUGGAUCCUUUCAAAAAUUAGAUGAUUUUUUACAUUGUGCAGAAAUCUUCUAUUUGGUUGGUACUUUGCUUUUAUGUUUAAUACUAAUUUUUGAUUGGAUUUCAUAUAAAUAUAAAUCAAAGGCACGGAAAUGGCUUAUCGGAAGUCAGAUAACAUCAUUUCUUGCAUUGAUUGUUAUAUUUAUUGCCGUUAUAUUACCAUCAGUACCCAAUUAUGUUGAAGCUGCUAAUUUAAAUACGGUUUGUCAAAAAUGUGGUGCAGCAAAAUUCGAUGAAUUAAUACAAAAAAUGUUUGGUGGUGUAAUUGGUACGGCAGCUCAAAUUUAUCUGUUAUUAAAUUUAUUUCCUGUCUUAUUGUCAAUAUCACCAACGGCAAUUCGUGUCGCUACCUUAUCAUUGAAUGAUUUAACGAAUUAUUAUGAAAAAAGGUUUCUAUCCGUAAGGAUGAAGGAAAAUAAAAGUGGCGAGGAUGAUAAUAAUGAUUAUGAAAAUCAUAAGAAUCCAAAACAAUCAGAUAUAAUUGCCUAUGAAGAAAAAUCACGACAGCUAUUACGAUUGAUACAUUUAUCAGCAUUUAUUUCACCAAUACUGAUUGCAUUACCUUUGUCACUAAUCUAUCAAAUAUUAAGAUAUCAAGAUAUUUCUAGCAGUUUACCAACAACUUUAGGCGUCUUAAUUGCCUCGUUUAUCCUUGUUCCAAUAUUUUUAGAAUUACCAAUGACUGCUACAAUUAAAACUUAUAAAACUAAUUAUUAUAUGUAUUUAUUUGCAUAUAUUGGUAUAUUUAUUGGUAUCAUCGGUUAUUUAUAUACACUUAAGCCUUUACAAAAUGUAAUAACCAAACAAUUAAAGUCACCGGAAUUUUAUUUAACAUUAAUAGCCGAAAUAUCUGUUAGUAAUGUUAUCUUUGGAAAUUUAAUUUCAUUUUGUAUAAACUUUUACAACGAACCCCAUCUCAAUGAGCCAUAG